UUAAUUUAAGUAAGGCCCAGGGCUGACAAAUGUAAUUAUAAUAGAAAUUAAGGGCGACAGUAGUGCCAUGUGUGCGACGACCAACAGGUGGAGGUUUAGACAAUUAGGUCAGAAAGAUACAGAUAAGCAUUGUGUACGGACGUGAUUUCUGUGACAUUAGGUUUUGAUUUUUUUGUUGUUGCAAUAGUUUUCUUUUGGUUAAAAUAAGUAAAGUUUACCGGGUGAAUUGACUCAAAUAAUUAAUAAUAUUAUUUUAUUUACAAUAUUUAUUAUUAUUUUGCUGAUUUGCUGUUUUUGACAUACGUAAGCACACUUAUACUAUUGAUUAUUGAAGUUUUAUUCAUACAAUAAUCAAUGUCUAGACUACAUCAAUCGAUCAAUGUGGUAUUCAGAACACAUAACAACAAUUGAAUUUACUAAAGGCUGAAAUAAAAGUGAAAAACAUAAAGCUUGCCGAGAAAAAUAAGCAAAUAGAAAGUCUGCAAAAUCUCAAUGAAAAACUGCAAAUGGAAGUCAUUAAACAUCAGGCUGAGCUAGCAGAUAUUUUGAAGAAUUUUAGGAAGCUUUCAAAUGAGGAGAAAAAACAAGAUUCAAAAUUCAAAAUUGGGGAUGAAAGUGAAACCAAAGACAAAAUUUACAUUGGCAAUGAUAAAUGGAUGGACCGAACACUUUUUAAUGAAGCAAUGAGGUCAAACAGACCCUCCAUAUUUGUUAACAAUAUGGCUCGUUACAUUUUUGGCAAAGAGACUCUUAUCAAAAGUACCGUGAGCGGUGAAAACUCUCGUCGUAAAAAAAAUUUCACUGAAGACGAAACAAGUGAAAAGCCGUCGAAGUUGGACAGUGAUUCAUUGGAACUAUUAAGAGGAACUUUGUAGGAGCUUUACAAGCUCCAUAUGUAAAAAUACGAAGUCAGUUUGGACGAGAUUGUCGUAAGAAUAUUCCAAAAAACCCAAGAAAUUUUAUGGCCUACUGUGAGUUUCUUCAAACUCCUCAAGGUCAAAAUCUUUUGUACUACACAACGCAAGUAGAACACUCAGGAUCAAUGAUUCAGCAUCGAAUUCGAUUGGUACUGACAAAAAUACUUGCAUAGGAUUUUGGAGCAAUGAUGUGGUUCAUUUUAUUGACAAACAGUCAGCAAUGUACAUCGACGGAAACUUUCUGAUUUAAACCAAACUUCCGUAAUCGUUAUCUGAACCUAUAUCGAGUCUUGAUUAUUUCAGAAAAGUUAAAAAACAAGACUCUUCCAAUUUAUUAUUUUACAAUGCCCAAUAAGAAACAGAAAACCUACCGGAGCGUUCUGCAAUUUCUAAAAAAUGAAAGUUUUCUGGGCUGGGUACCAGAAUAUAUCAUUUCUGAUUGGGAAAGAGCAAUCAGAAAUGAAGCCGAGGCUAUAUAUCCUGCUGCUGACCCGAUUGGUUGUUUUUUUCAUUACACUCAAGCAAUUCAAAAUAACUUGAAAAACGGGGACUCGUGACAAUUUUAAAAAAUUAUUUAGAAGCGCAAAUUAAAAAAAAAUAAAUCAUGGCAUUUCUACUAGCUCCGGCAAAUGAGAUUGUGAUGUUAUUUUUAAAUAUUGUUAAUAAAAAACACCUUAAUCAGCUAUAACUUUCAACGAUUUUUUCGGGUACAUCUUUGAACAGUGGCUGGUAAAAAUUGAGCCCGAAAAAUUAUCAGUUCGUGGCAAGAGCAACGUUGGAACUAACAAUCCAUCGGAAUCAAUUAACCGGGAUUUAAAUCAAGGAUUAAGUACGAUAAAGAAGCCAACAUCAAUGCAAUUUACAAGCUAUCAAUAUAAAAGAUUUUGAAAUUAUUUCUACUUUGCCAGAAGGUAAUUGCUUAUAUGAAAGCUUCGCUUAUUUUUUAUAUGGCAAUAUACUACAACAUGAGACGCUAAGAAAAGACUUAGUUAACGAAAUUUCCCUGCAAUGGGAUGUGCUGAAGGAUACUUGUUUAGCUGAGCUCUCGCCAGACAUCCCACCAUAUACAUCAGCAGCUGAUUACGUCAUGCGGAUGGGAAAAUUAGGCGAAUAUGGUACCGCCUUUGAAUUAGCUCAACUCACUCGUCGUUAUUCUUUGAAUGUGAAUUUAGUCACAUAUAACCGAAGCUUGUCUUCAUAUCAAGUAGCAAAGGUUUAUGAAAAUGUUGCUAGUUCUGAUAUCCAUUGGCUGCUUUUUACUGGGCCUGAGAGUUCGGGUCACUUUGCCCCACUAAAAAAAAUACAAGAAAAAGAGCAUCUAAAACCAUACUCUGACAGAAGAAUUUUUAAGCAGUAUUGGUAUUCACCUAGUAAUAUUGGUGUUGACCAAACAAAAUUUGAAUACAUAAAAAGCGCUGAACAAUUUUUAAAUUCAGUUACCCGUAAUACCACCCAAAAUGUCAUUGGCGAAAGUAAGUCACUAUACUCAGUGGCAAUAAUUGGCCGAAGUGGUGUGGGAAAGACGACUUUCACGAAACAAUUGGUUAAAAAACUGUCUGAAAAUUAUGUCAACAAUAACAUCGUCUUUGGAUUGGUUGUCUCACGCAAAAAAGUGAUUCACGACUUAGUCGCAAAGAAACAGUUCAGAAGCUCUGAUCAUUUACAACUAAUCAGUUGUUUAGAAUAUACAGCCAUUGACUCUAUUCUUCUCGUGAUGGAUGAAAUAGAAACUUUAGUCACAAAAAAUAACAUAAAAUCAACUCGAGAACAGUAUCUGAUUAUUUGUCGAGUAAAUCAGUCGUACAUUAUUCUUUACGACCAUGUGGGAUUCGAAGGGAUCAAUUCUCUGCGAGAAUUCAAUUCGAAAACAGCAGGAAUCGGAAGGUCACUCUUAAGUAUUCAAUACUCUUUAGGGAUCGGAACUUCUUCGGAUCAAUUUAUCAAGAUCUGGCUUGGAUUAUACAAAUCCUCAGUUCUGAGGACAAUAAUUUUAUGCGCCAACCAUGUUAGUGACAAAGCAAGCGUGUCCGGAUUAUUGGACGCCUAUAUUAAGUUUCACCGUAAUCACCGACAGAAUACGAGCGUCAAGAAACAUGGGCAAAAGAAUAAGAGUUCUAAGAGAAGAAUUCCUGAGAAAAACUUCGAAAAUCCUGCAAGAUUGACAUUGCCUAAUAAUCAUCUUCGAAAAAAGGUAGCCGGGAGGUCUAUAUCAAUUAGCCAUUUCGAUGGCGGUUCUGCUAUUUUGGAAGCCAGCCCUGAAGAACCAAGAGAUAACAAUGAAGGCCAAAACACAUUCGACAAUAUUAACAUUGUAACCCAUGAUCUUACUAUUUUGAAACGAAACGAGAAGGUAACAGAGAAGUCUCUAUCAGAUAGCCAUUUCGAUGGCGGUUCUGCUAUUUUGGAAGACAGCCCUGAAAAACCAAGAGAUUACAAUGAAGGCCAAAACACAUACACCAUUGUUGAUUUUUUUCCGUCACGAUCCAUUUUGUCAUCAACUAGAAUAAGCGCCAACCAAUUCUCUGAUUCAGCAGAAGUUAUGGAACAGGUCUGUCUUGGAAGCUCUAAAAAAAAUAUUGGAGUGAACAAGAGUAAAUUAAGCCAACAAAAUCAAACAGAGUCUGGUGAAACAAGGGAAGAAAGUUGUAACGAAAGUUCUGAAGAAGGAGAAACAAUGGAAAGAAGCAGUCAUGAUUUGUCACCCAAAAUGCGGUUUAUAUCUAAAUUCAGUACACACGAACAGCGACGAUUGAGUGAGACUUAUUACCUUCAAGAGACUAGUGGUUCAGACGAUGAAAGUGACAGCAGUGAUAGCAGCAGUACUUCCAUAAAUACUGAAGGAGUGUCCGAUAAGAGCAAUUCUGGAUCUUCUGAUCUAGAUGAUUCCGAAAUGGAACAAUUAAUGGAAACCUAUGGCAAAAUGGCGGAACUCUCCCUUUCAGUAUUAAAUGACCGUCUCACAAAUGCCACUACUCCCAUUAGUGGUCUCAAUAAAAAAUACUCUAACAUAUAUUGUCUCCACCAGACUCCCCCGAGUACAAAUAAUCACAUCUCUCUUUCAAUGAUAGAAGGAAAAAGAAUGUAUGUAAGUAAGAAAUGUGGACAUAAAACCGCAAGUAGAAGAACCACAAAGGAGCAUAUAGAAGUCAAUCAUUAUAAGUCGUAUUUUGUAUGUCCCAUAUGCAUGAAGAGCUACAGAAGCUCAGCAAAUAUGGCAUUGCAGCGUCAUAUAAAAUUGUGCAUAAGCGUGAUUAAGCAAUUAAUCGAAGAGAAAAUAGCUUUAUUAAAGAAAAAAAAAAAAUUACAAUGAAUGAAUGGAUAAAUAUUACAUGAAGCAUUUAUCAAUUAUGAUUAUUGAACAUGAAUCAAAAAAUACUACUCCAAUCUAAAGAGUGAUAAAUAAGAUUAGUUUUCCAUUGAAGAAGAGAAUUAAUGGCACUACAAAUCAUAUAGAAUCUACAUGCAAUUUGUAAUGCACCAUAUGAUGAAAAAAUAAAAGAAAAAGUUAAAAUAAAUAAAUAAAACAUAAAAUAAAUGAAUAAACAAAAUAUAAAAAAAUAUUAUAAAGAGUAUUAAUAAAUUAUUAUUAAUAAAUAUGAAUUAAAAAAUACAACUCCAAUCUAAAGAGUGAUAAAUAAGAUUAGUUUUCCAUUGAAGAAGAGAAUUAAUGGCACUACAAAUCAUAUAGAAUCUACAUGCAAUUUGUAAUGCACCAUACGAAGAAAAAAUAAAAGAAAAAGUUAAAAUAAAUAAAUAAAACA